AUUCAAAAGUUACUAGUUACCUUCAAAUAUCAUCGGACUCGAUAUUCUUUUAAAGCUUUAUUUUCACGUGGAUUUUGUUCUGUGAAUGUCAACAAACUGAAACAUUUAUAUCAUGUCAUGUUCAAAGCAAUUUAAACAUUGCAAAGCUUUGAUACGCAAUUUCAACACACUUAUAACAGACCUUGGUACUAUUGCAACAUCAUCAAAAGCCCAUCAGUUGCAGUAUUCAAAUGUGACUUGCAGAUAUAAUUCUCAGGACUCCAAGAGUAAAGCAAGUUUCAGUGAAAAACUUCAACAAGGACCUAAUCUUCAGCACUUUAUUGCAAACUCUGGGAAAGUGAAUGACAGUGAUGUAUAUGAGGAUGUCGGGGAGUUCAUUCCUUAUUUAGAGGAAGAUGUCUACUCUGGACAUGGGAGGAAGGUAUAUUUUGACACGUAUGGAUGCCAGAUGAAUUUCAAUGAUACGGAGAUUGCCUGGAGUAUUCUGAAAGAUAAAGGUUACAUGAAGGCAGACUCUGUGAGAGAGGCUGAUGUAAUCUUGCUGAUGACAUGCUCCGUUAGAGACAAUGCAGAACAGCGAGUGUGGAAUAUGGUGGAGAAGUACAAAGGACUGAAGAGGAAGGCUGGCAAAAGGAACCCUCUACGUAUUGGGAUUCUAGGUUGCAUGGCUGAGAGAUUGAAACACAAGAUCUUGGAUAAGGAGAAGAUGGUAGAUUUGGUUUGUGGACCAGAUGCUUACAGAGACCUGCCACAUCUGUUGGCCAUCACCCCAGAGUCCAGACAGUCCGCUGUAAAUGUUAUGCUGUCACUGGAGGAGACGUACGCUGAUGUGAUGCCAGUCCGAAUAAAUGAUAAUGCCAAGACUGCAUUUGUGUCAAUAACCCGGGGCUGUAACAACAUGUGUUCCUACUGUAUCGUGCCCUUCACCCGGGGCAGGGAAAGGAGUCGGCCUGUGUCCUCUAUACUGGAGGAGGUCAGAAUGCUGUCAGAUCAGGGUAUCAAAGAAAUUACACUGCUUGGACAAAAUGUGAAUAGCUAUUGUGACAAAUCAGAAGAGGUGCAUUAUGGGGGACUACCAAACAAUGAGGCUCAUGAAGGGGAAAGUACGAAAAACACCAUAUUAAGUAAAGGUUUCAAAACAAUUUACAAACCACAGAGUGGAGGGAGGCGGUUCAGCCACCUCCUGGAUCAGGUAUCCCAGAUAGAUCCGGAUAUGAGGAUCCGGUUCACUUCUCCACAUCCAAAAGAUUUUCCAGAUGAGGUGCUGUAUUUGAUCAGAGACAGACCCAAUGUCUGCAAUAAGAUCCACCUACCAGCUCAGAGCGGGAGCACAGAUAUGUUACAGGCGAUGAGAAGAGGACACACAAGGGAAGCCUAUCUAGACUUAGUUCAUCACAUCAGAGACAUUAUACCAGAUGUGUCUUUAAGCAGUGACUUUAUCGUGGGAUUCUGUGGGGAAACGGAAGAGAAUCACCGAGAUACGCUGUCACUCAUUGAGGAAGUCCAAUACCGAUAUGUAUACCAGUUUGCUUACAGCAUGAGACAGAAAACUCAUGCUUACCAUCGUUUGAAAGACACUGUGCCGCAGUCUGUAAAGCGUAGACGAGUCGAUGAAGUGAUAGAAUGUUCUCGGAGGGGAAUGCUGGGAUUGAACCAAAGUCAGAUUGGCCAAGAGCAACUCAUCCUGAUAGAGGGGUCAAGCAAGAGGUCUAGCAGGGAUAUAUGGGGAAGAAAUGAUGGCAGCAUUAAAGUUGUAAUACCAAGUGAUCCCAUUCCGAGUUGUGAAAGGGGAGACAAUCCGAGGAACAUCACUGUUGGGGAUUAUGUUGUUGUUAAGAUUUUAUCUGCAAAUUCCCAGACAUUGAUUGGUCAACCAUUAUAUCACAGCAGCCUAGCCAACUAUACAGUGAAAACUGACAAUGUGUCAAGGACAGCCUCAUUGUGAAAGCCAUGGUGAUAGUUGGUGUCCAUGUAGAGAAAGCAUACUAGAGAAAAAUAUGAUGACAAAGGACACUAGAAUCAUUUGAUCUGAUGGCUUUUUCUCUUGUUAUGUCAGUCCCACCCAGAUAGAGACAGAAUUGGGAUACAAUGCAAUUUUAUGUACUUUCACGGAUCUUGCUUGGACUAAUCACAUUUACACAGGUAUAUGUAUAAACAUGCGUGUUCAUUUUGUUUUGUGCCAAUAAAGGAUUAAAUAUGCA